AUGGACGCUAGUGAAUUGGUGAUUGACAUUCCAUCGGACUUGCCCCCUGCGGAGUGGCCGGAAUGCUGUAUCUAUCGGGUUCCCAAGCUACUACGCAAGGUAAAUGAAAAAGCCUACACCCCUAAGCUAGUCUCAAUAGGCCCCUUUCAUCACGGCAACGAUGACUUGAAGGACAUGGAAAAGCACAAACUGAGAUAUUUUAAGGAUUUCUUUCAACGGACAACACUGAAGAAGAGCCAGAAGGAUCUUGCAAGUAUCAUUGCAGCCAAGGAAGAGACAAUCCGCCAUUGCUAUUCAGAAGAGUGUGGACUUGAAAGUAAAGAUUUCGUGAAAAUGAUUCUAUUGGAUGCCAUAUUUAUAAUUGAGCUCUUCUUGAGGUUGACUGAGAAAAGAGAAAAUGAUUACAUUCCAAGUAAACCAUGGCUGGAACAUGGUAUAUAUUAUGACUUGAUAGUACUUGAGAAUCAGCUUCCUUUUUUUGUUCUUGAGGACUUGCAUAAGUCUGCCUUCUUUGACUCUUCCAGCCUCAGCCAUCGCCAAGGGGAUACUCCAUUUCGAGAGCUUUCCCUCCUUUACUUUUCUCGCAAUGGUAAGCAUAAAAACUCCGACAUCUAUGGGAAUGUAAAUCAUUUCACAGAUUUGCUAAGAUACUUUUUCCUUCCACCAAAGCUGCUAAGAGACUCUUUCCUUCCACCAAAGCCGAGCCAUCAAGGACCUUUGGAUCAUCUAUAUAGUGCCACAGAGCUUGACGAGGCAGGAUUGAAAUUCAAAGCAAUUAAAGAUGAUAGAUCUUUAGUUGACAUAAAAUUCCCUGAGAAUAAGUUUUUGAAAUGUUGUCCGUGCUUCAAUUUGUCAUGGCUCUUGGCUUGCUUGCCAUGCUUGAAAUGCUUUCCAUGCUUGGAGGGUAUGGAACGUUUCUUGCAAGUCCCAUGCUUUGAGGUUGACGACAGUACUGAAGCUCUUUUACGAAAUCUCAUGGCCCUGGAGCAGUGCCAUUAUCCAUUUCAUGGUUACAUUUGUAGUUAUGUGCUGCUAUUGGACUUUCUUAUCAACACCGAGAAAGAUGUGGCUUUGCUUGUUGAUAAGAAGGUCAUUGUUAACCGGCUCGGUAGCAACACUGCAGUGGCGGAUCUAAUUAACAAUCUCUGCACUGAGAUAGAGGUAACUGGAUCCUAUUACUCUGAUCUCUGCACAAAUAUUAAUGUGUACCGUGAUAACCCUUGGAACCACGUCAUGGCAUCUAUGAAAAGUGUGUAUUUCCCUGAUUUUUGGAGAGGCACCGCAGCUGUGGUUGGACUAAUUGUCCUGACUUUUACUUUUUGGGAUUUCCUUAGGCCUUAUUUGAAGAAGAAGAAGAAAUGA